UAGGUUUUAGUAAGCUGUUGUUGGCAAUGCCACUUGUACUGUGGUGGUGGUGCAGAAGACGUUAACGGUGUUUCACGUGUGCUCGUUCAAUGUUUUGAAAACAUUUUAUCGAGACUUUUGUGUUAUCUUGUGCUAUGUAACUACGCCUACAUAAAGCUAAGUACUGCACAACGUCAGGAACUAAGUGUCUUGACCAUGCCGACAAAAGGUCCAAAAGAGCCCGUCCCAGCGGGGUUCAAAACCUGGAGAGAGUUCCAUAUCGGAAAGAAGGAGAUAAGGAAACGGAAGCAAGAGUAUCUUGUCCAAAAACUUGAGAAGCAAAAGCAGAAAGAGGCUGAGCCAUCCGCAAAAGAUACAAAGAAUAAAAAAGAUAAGAAAAAGCCAAUUUGUGAAGAGCCCUCAACUCUUAGUAUAGCGGUGCCAGGAUCCAUUCUUGAUAAUGCCCAGUCUGUGGAGUUGAGAACGUAUCUCGCUGGGCAGAUAGCUAGAGCAGCGUGCGUCUAUAAAGUUGAUGAGGUUAUUGUUUAUGAUGACGUUGGUAUUUAUGACCGUUUUGCUGACAAAACAGUAGAAAGUUUAUCUGACAGUGGAGAGGUUCGGCCUGCAAGGCCAUGUUGUGCCACUCUUGCCAGAAUAUUGCAAUAUCUAGAAUGCCCACAGUACCUAAGAAAAGAGUUUUUCCCCUUCCACAAGGACUUGGAAUAUGCAGGACUGUUGAAUCCGCUUGAUGCUCCUCAUCACAUGAGAAUGCAAGACGAUGAGCGAUUUAGGGAAGGUGUUGUCCUACCGCAACCAGCAAGGAAUGGCUCUUAUGUAAAUGUAGGCCUACUUAAACAUGUCAAAGUGGGUAUUCCUUUACAAUCUGGCAUUAGAGUUACUGUGGAAAUGCUCCCAACACCUCCUGAAGCAAAACGUCUUUGUGGAAGAGUCGUUUCACCCUCUCAGCCUCAGAAAGAAACUGGUGUUUACUGGGGAUAUUCUGUACGAUUAGCAAGUUCAUUAAACACAGUCUUUACUGAAUGUCCCUAUAAAGAAGGGUAUGAUGUUUCAAUUGGUACGUCGGAGCGAGGCACUGCGGUGGAGACCGUGUCUCUUCCCUCACAUCAUCAUGCUCUGGUUGUGUUUGGUGGGCUGGCUGGCAUAGAGGCUGCACUGGAAGCAGACCCUGUCCUAACAGUGGAUGACCCGGCUCUCCUCUUCGACCAUUACUUGAACACCUGCCCAAAUCAAGGCAGCAGGACAAUCAGAACCGAGGAGGCCUUAUUGAUUUCAUUAGCUGAACUGCGCACCAAACUUAAGCCUAAGGUGCAACCUACCAUUCAGUCAAAAACCCAAGAAUCUGAUGAUGAUUUGAAAGAUUCGGAUUCAGGCAGUGAUGACGAUUUUGAGGGGAACAUUAAGGAAGAUAGCAAUGUUGUUGGUGAAAAUGACAGUGAGAAACCCAUCAAAGAUGAAGAUAUUUCAAGCGAAACUUGUAACUCUCAUGUUGAGGUUAAAAAGAGAAAGAAACGUUCCUCUGUAAAUGAUUCAGUGGACUCUGAACAGAAUGAAUCCAAAAAAAUUAAAUCAGAUGACUCAUUGGAUAAUGAUCAUAAUUCCUCUGCUGAAAUUGGUGCUAAAAUACCAGAGAAAGAGAAAAGAAAGAAAAAGGUGCUUGUAGCUGAAGAGACAGAUGAGGCCAUGGAUGUAAAUUUAGAGCCCUUACAUGAAAAUACUCAAAAUGUCAAGCGGAAGAAGGAUAAACGCAGAUCAAAGAAUGGAGAGGGUCCAAGCAGUGAGGGAAAGGAAGUUGCCGACCCCUCAAUAGAUGUUGCUGAAGAGGGUAUGACUGUUACUUCAGAGUUGCAAAAUAUUUCAAAUGUUAAACGGAAGAAGGAUAAACGCAGACACAAAGGCUUAGGCACUGAUGCAAUGGAAAUAGUUAAGUCUUCAGAAGUUAAAGGAAAUAGUAUCAAUCAGAAAAAAUUUAAGAAAAGAAAGGGAAAAAAGAAGCAAUUGGCACCUGUAUCAAAGAAAUUUGGGGGGAAAUAAUGACCUGUAAUUCUGUAAAGUUCAGUAAAGAAAUACCAAACAUUUA